AUGAGCUCCCCGUCAAUCACCUCAGAGCCAAAGGCCUCGGUCACAAAGAUGAAUUCCAAAACCAGUGACAAGACUGAAGUUGUCAAUGGGGAAAUAUUACACACUCCCGAACAUUUGCAACGACAUCUUACUCCCCGACAAGUCCAAUUCGUAGCUAUCGGUGGCUCUAUUGGGACUGCCCUAUUUGUGAGUAUCGGGUACGGGCUCAUGCGAGGAGCGGCAAGUCUACUCAUUGCAUUCGUGCUCCACGCCUUGGUUAUUGCCCAAGUCAACAACUCACUUGCGGAGAUGACCGUCUUCAUGCCCAUAAGCGCUGCAUUUAUUCAUCACGCCAGUGCCUGGGUUGAUGAUGCUUGGGGUUUCAUGAUCGGCUGGAACUUCUUCCUGUUCGAAGCGCUUCUCAUACCGUUUGAGAUCACCGCUUUGGACAUGGUCUUGACCUUUUGGAGAGAUGACAUCCCUUCAGCUGCGGUUAUUACCGUUUGCAUUGUGCUCUACGCCCUUUGCAAUGCACUCAUGGUCAAGUACUUUGGUGAAACAGAGUUUUGGCUCGCAGGGGGUAAACUUCUCCUCAUUGGAAUACUGUUCUUCUUCACCUUCAUCACUAUGGUUGGAGGUAAUCCGCAGCGUGAUGCAUACGGAUUCCGUAAUUGGUCCAAGCCUGGUCCUUUUGUUGAGUACAUUGACGAUGGCGACUUGGGCCGCUUCCAUGGGUUUCUCGCCGCACUAUGGCAAGCCGCUUUCACCAUUGUCGGCCCUGAAUACCUGGCCACCGUUGCUGGCGAAGCGCAGCGGCCGCGAUCAACCAUGAAAGCAGCCUUCAAAUCCGUGUACUGGCGAUUCGGGCUCUUUUUCAUUGGCGGCGCGUUGUGUGUUGGCAUUAUCUUGCCGGCCAACGAUCCGACGCUCCUGAGUGUCCUGAGCUCGGGCGAGACGGGCACCGGAGCCGCCUCACCUUUCGUCAUUGCCAUGAAGAACAUGAACGUUGGGGUGCUACCUCAUUUAGUCAACGCUCUACUGUUGACGAGUAUCUAUUCGGCCGGCAACGCCUACGUAUACUGCUCUUCUCGCAGUCUUUAUGGGCUCACAAAUCUCAUCACUGGCGGGACUCUGGUGACCUACAUCGUCAUUUGCAUCAACUAUCUCUUCUUCUACCGAGCUUUGAAAGCCCAGAACUUCAACAGAUCCGAUCUCCCCUACCGCGGAUAUCUCCAGCCUUACGGCACUUGGGUUGCUUUGGUCUGGCUUAUGGCGGUGGAGAUCUUCUAUGGGUAUGCCAUCUUCUUACGGGGCCGGUGGGAUAUUGGCAUCUUCUUCAGCAAUUACACCAUGGGCUUUCUCGCGAUCUGUCUGUUCUGCGGCUGGAAGAUCCUCAAGCGCACUCAGUUCGUCAGGCCCGAGCACGCCGAUCUGGUUUGGAUCCGCCCGGCAGUCGAUGAACACGAGGCGGCGAUGGCGGGUAACGAGAAUGAGGUCGGGCUCCGCAGACGCCUAGCGCAAUUGGUGAGGGUCGACAUGAAACUCAGUCGGGCGUCCCGGAGUCCUCGGGUUUAG